AUGUACAAAUCUUUGGAGAGCAGUCCAUUAUCGAAAGUAAAUUGGGCUGGUUUUUAUGUAGUAGACCCAAAAGACUCGAGCCAGCUCAUUCUGGGUCCAUUCCAUGGUCAGGUUGCCUGUCAAAUUAUUAAAAUAGGCAAAGGUGUCUGUGGAACUGCUGCUUCAUCCAGAGAAACACAGCUAGUAAAAGAUGUUGAGAAAUUCCCUGGACAUAUUGCAUGUGAUGGAGAUACGAAAUCAGAGAUUGUUGUUCCCAUUGUGGACAAAUCCUCUGGUAAAGUAUUCGGAGUUAUUGAUAUUGACUGUCAAGAACUAGAAGGCUUUGAUGAAGAAGAUCAAAAAUACCUAGAAAUCCUGGCAGAGAAGCUUAUCAAGUACUGUAAAUGGUAA